AUGUCAGCUUCAGCUGUCGCUCUACCCAACGGCAUCUUGCCACCACCCGCGCAGUCCAUCGAUGAGGCUCUCGAAUACGAGAAGAUCUUGAGGAUUCGCGACGAGGUAUUUUCCGGGACUCAUCCUAGAUUGACGGUGCCGGCGCAUGCCAUCCGCGUGCCUAGUUCUCAGAACUCAUCGGCCCUCUCGCAGACUCAGUUGCAUGUACCUUCUCCCUCCCCUGCCACUCCAUCGCCAAAUCGUCUUGAGGCUGGUGCACAGUCAAACAAGCGUGAAGAUGAGCUCACACACACCCACAACAAGCCAAACGGGGUCUCCACCCCUUCUAUUUCUGAGUUUGAUCCUGUGCUCUUGACAAAGUCAGAUGAUCUGAUUCGAGCCGAGACGUUGCUCAAGAGACAGCGCCUCGAAAAGGCCUUGAGAGAUCAAUUUGAGCAAAAGAGGGCAGAUGCUCGCAAGAAACCUGCACCCGCAGAGGCAAAACCCGACUUCGACCUGCCGGCCAUCUUCGCCCGAGUGACCGGCACAGCCAAAUCCCCUUCGUCCAAGGACGAUGAAGAAGCCACCGACUCGGUCAAUGAGGACGAGUUUUACUCUAGUAGAGCGCCUGACUCAACUCCUGAAGGGCCACCUAGCGAAUCUCCAGAUGAAGCUGAUGAGGAGCAGGCGGACGAGUCUUCCGGGCCACGUGCCGUGAGCGCCGUCAUGGGUGCACCCCUUUACCCUGGUGCCGAUGACCCAAUCUCCGCCAACGUCACGUCGCCUGCGCCGCUUGCUGCGGCACCCACGAAGCCCCCACCGCCCCCUGAUCCGACUGCGAUGGACAUGGACGACGAGGAAGAGGAGGGGGAGUAUUCACCCCCAGAGGCUGCCAUACAGGUCCCUUCGCCCAAGGUCCCUCACGCUGAAGACAUACGAGACAGUAGAGAUCCACGCAGCCGACCUUUGCGCAGAUAUUCGGAAGUGGAAGAUAUUGGGCCUCGGCCACCCUCACCAUCUGAGGCCCGUAUGCGGAUUGUAAGAAACCACAUCACCUCCCCCAUUGCUCCCCGCCCGUCUCGUGUCUCGCCUCUGGCUGUAGCUAAGGACUCCCCGCUCUCACAGAAUGCACGUACCGGCCGCAAACAGUGGAAUGGAAGACCAGGAUCUCCACCUAGUCCUGAUGACAACCAAACACUUCCCGCCAGGAAGAAAAGAAAGCUUGAAGGGCGCAACCAGAAGAGACAGGCCCGAAGAAACGGCAGGGCGUCUCCAGACGUCAAAGAAGAAGAUAUCUCACCGCCACCGUUCCACGACGUCCAGCCACUUGGUACUGGCAGGCUUCAUUCCGGUGGUGCAGAUCGGCCGAUCAUCCUCGAUGAUGAAUCUGCGCAAGAAGUGCGUUAUGCUGUUCCCCCUCAUGAGCGGUACGUGGAAUCUCCCGCUCGGCCACUUCCACGCCAAGUUGAACGCUUGAUGCCCUCCAGUGAGCCACGUCCAUUGUCCAGGUCCAGCAUGAGACCCGGUAGGGACGAUCAAGAUUUGCGCCGCGUGGCGAGUAUGCACAGUAUGCGAGUUGAGCAGCCUCAAGAUUACGUCGAUCCCUACUACGAUAGCCCAACUCGAACUCGUGCUGUAUCAUACGCCCGAACGGGAAGUCCUGCAAUCACCGAAUCAGGCCGGCCACUGCGCGAGCUACCAGUCGAGUACGACCAACCACGCCCACCGGUCUAUCGUGAUGUCUACGAUGAGCGAGAUGGCACUUAUCACCGCUACAUUGCCGAGCCUCCUCCAGCUCCGGUCGAGCGAAUAAUCGUCGACCAGUAUGGCAGAAGAUUCCGCGAAAUAGUCCAGGAGCGGCAUCCGAUGGCACCUCGAGAAGUGCCAAUCCGCAGAGAAGUGGAGCCCGUCUACGAACAAUAUCCCCGGCAAGCUCGAGCCGGGUCUGUCUUUGUCGAACCUCAACCUCUCCAGGAAAGAGCCUACGGUGCAGACAUGCCUCCACCGCCUGUCUCGUAUCGUCGUGUCGCAGAUCCACCACGAGGUUCUGCAAUUGCGUCGCCAAUCACAAGAGAAUAUCUUGAGCCGGCACCGCCGAUGCGAAGCGCUAGCGUGCAACUGAUGGAUCGCCCAAUUCGACAGACCAUGUACCCAGAUGAGCGGCCUGAAUUUCGCGAGCCUGUUCGUGCAGGCAGUGUCCGGCCGCCGCCUGCAACGCGAUACGAAGAUGGCCCGCCGAUGGAAAUGAUAUCGCGGGGUCUCAGUGUUCGUCCAGUGGGUCGCGAAGGGAGUGUCUUCAUGGAUGACAGGCGACCCAUCGCACCAGAGUAUGCCCCUGUGCCAGACCCAAGAUACCGGCCGAUGGAACCCGAGAGACGCUACGUUGAUGUUGAUGGAAGGGAGAUUACUCAGGCGGACGGGGCCAUGGAAAGCAGACUGAGAGUCAUGGACAGGUACCGAGCGUAG